AUGACACUAAGCUUCUUUGACCAAUUCAUGAGCCCCACAUAUUUAGGUAUCCCCUUAAUGGCUCUAGCCUUAAGCCUCCCUUGAAUCCUUUACCCCAUCCCCUCCUCCCGAUGACUCAACAACCGACUAUUAGCCCUUCAAAACUGAUUCAUCAACCGAUUCACCCAGCAACUUCUCCUACCCCUAAGCCCCGGGGGCCAUAAAUGAGCUGCAUUAUUUACCUCCCUAAUAUUAUUCCUAAUCACUCUAAACAUGUUAGGACUUCUGCCUUACACAUUUACCCCUACCACACAAUUGUCCCUCAAUAUAGGCCUUGCAGUUCCACUCUGGCUAGCAACCGUUAUUAUUGGUAUACGUAACCAACCAACUAUCGCACUUGGCCACCUUCUCCCUGAAGGUACCCCCACCCCCCUGAUUCCCGUCCUGAUCAUUAUCGAAACAAUUAGUCUAUUUAUUCGCCCUCUAGCCCUAGGAGUACGGCUAACAGCAAACCUAACAGCCGGACAUCUUCUGAUUCAACUAAUCGCGACAGCUGCAUUUGUACUUCUUCCACUUAUACCCACAGUAGCAAUUCUCACAGCAACACUACUAUUCCUACUUACCCUCUUAGAAGUUGCCGUUGCUAUAAUUCAAGCUUACGUCUUCGUCCUUCUCUUAAGCCUUUACCUACAAGAAAACGUCUAA